GGAUCAUAACCCUACCUUACUCGACAGAGAAACGAGUCUCCCAUUGCAGCCACGGAUUCAGAAUCAGGACCCUCUCUUUCACAAAAACCCUAAUCCAACUUCCUGGUUAAUACUCCGGCGAGCUGCUUCUUCUUCCGGCGACCUGGUCCGUUACUUUCUGAAAGCAUGGAGGCUCUUCGGUUGAAAUCAAACUACCGUUGCGUUCCAGCUCUACAGCAGUUCUACACCGGCGGCCCCUAUGUAGUCUCCUCCGACGGCUCCUUCAUCGCAUGUGCAUGUGGCGAAUCCAUCAAAAUCGUUGAUUCCGCCAACGCAUCCAUCAGGUCCACCCUUCAAGGCGACUCGGAGUCCGUCACCGCAUUGGCUCUCUCCCCUGACGAUAACCUCCUCUUCUCAUCCGGCCACAGCCGCCAAAUCCGAGUUUGGGAUCUGUCCACCCUCAAAUGUGUCCGCUCCUGGAAGGGUCAUGAAGGUCCUGUGAUGUGUAUGUCGUGUCACCCUUCUGGGGGGUUACUGGCUACCGGGGGAGCUGAUAGGAAAGUCCUUGUCUGGGAUGUGGAUGGUGGCUACUGCACUCAUUUCUUUAAAGGUCAUGGUGGAGUUGUUUCUUGUGUUAUGUUCCAUCCGGACCCGGAGAAACAGCUCCUUUUUUCUGGGAGUGAUGAUGGUGGUGAUCAUGCAACUGUAAAGGUUUGGGAUAUCUCCAAGACCAAGAGAAAGAACUGCAUUGCAUCACUAGAUAAUCAUCGUUCAGCAGUGACUUCAAUGGCAGUAUCUGAAGAUGGAUGGACAUUGCUUAGUGCUGGAAGAGAUAAGGUUGUAAGUGUGUGGGAUCUUCAUGAUUAUAGCAAUAAGAAGACUGUCAUCACAAAUGAGGCCGUUGAAGCUGUUUGUGUAAUUGGUGCUGGGAAUCCUUUUGCUUCAUCUCUGGAUUCAUAUCGGAAAAAUGCAAAAAAGCAUGCUAGUUCCCAAGCUUUAUAUUUCGUUACAGUUGGUGAACGGGGAAUUGUGCGCAUAUGGUGUUCUGAAAGUGCAGUUUGCAUAUUUGAGCAAAAGGCUUCAGAUGUUACAGCUAGCAUAGAUGAGGAUGGCUCACAAAGGGGUUUUACUUCUGCUGUUAUGGUCACCUCAAAACAAGAAUUGCUUUGUGUGACUGCAGAUCAGCAGUUUUUGUAUUACACUCUUGAAUACACUGAAGAAUUGUUAAAAUUAACUCUAACCAAAAGACUUGUGGGAUAUAAUGAAGAAGUUAUAGACAUGAAGUUUAUUGGGGAUGAUGAAAAGUUCCUUGCUCUUGCUACAAAUCUUGAACAGGUUCGGGUUUAUGACCUUGCAUCUAUGUCAUGUUCCUAUGUCUUAUCUGGACAUACUGAAAUUGUUCUGUGCCUUGACACCUGUGUUUCAAGUUCUGGGAGAACACUGAUUGUAACUGGAAGUAAAGACAACAGUGUUAGGUUGUGGGAUUCAGAAAGUACAAGUUGCGUCGGAGUUGGUAUAGGUCACAUGGGAGCUGUUGGAGCCAUUGCCUUUUCAAAAAGAAAGCGAGACUUCUUUGUUAGUGGUAGCAGUGAUCAUACUCUUAAGGUGUGGAGUAUGGAUGGUCUCUCAGACAAUAUGACAGAGCCAACAAAUUUAAAAGCAAAAGCGGUUGUCGCAGCUCAUGACAAAGAUAUCAAUUCUAUAGCUGUUGCUCCUAAUGAUAGUUUAGUAUGUAGUGGUUCUCAGGAUCGCACGGCUUGUGUUUGGAGACUUCCAGAUCUUGUAUCAGUAGUUGUAUUUAAAGGGCACAAAAGAGGAAUCUGGUCUGUAGAAUUUUCUCCUGUUGAUCAAUGUGUUGUAACAGCAUCUGGUGAUAAGACAAUAAGAAUAUGGGCUAUAUCCGAUGGUUCAUGUUUGAAGACAUUUGAAGGACACACUUCAAGUGUACUAAGAGCGUUGUUUGUUACUCGUGGGACACAAAUCGUGUCAUGUGGUGCUGAUGGUUUAGUCAAGCUGUGGACCGUAAAAACUAAUGAAUGUGUUGCCACACAUGAUCAGCAUGAAGACAAGGUUUGGGCCUUGGCUGUAGGCAGGAAAACAGAAAUGCUCGCUACUGGUGGCAGUGAUGCUGUUGUCAACUUAUGGUUUGAUUCUACUGCAGAAGACAAAGAAGAAGCUUUCCGUAAAGAGGAAGAGGAAGUUUUGAAAGGUCAAGAGCUCGAAAAUGCUGUCUCAGAUGCUAACUAUACUCAAGCAAUCCAACUUGCAUUUAAAUUGCGCAGACCCCAUAGGCUUUAUGAGUUAUUUGCAGGACUUUGCAGGAAGGGAGGGGCUGAAAAUCAAAUUGACCAAGCACUCAAGGCAUUGGACAGUGAAGAGCUCCGGACCUUAUUUAGCUAUGUUCGAGAGUGGAAUACAAAACCAAAGCUUUGUUAUGUUGCACAGUUUGUGCUUUUCAGAGUUUUCAAUAUCUUCCCUCCAACAGAUAUUGUUCAGAUUAAAGGAAUUGGUGAACUUCUUGAAGGUCUUAUCCCCUAUAGUCAGAGACACUUCGCCAGGAUAGACAGACUUGUUAGAAGCACAUUUUUGUUAGACUACGUUCUAUCAGGAAUGUCAGUCAUUGAACCACAAACUCAACAGUUAGAAUCAAAGGCAUUGCUGUCUGAAAUUGAUAUUCCAGACAAAGAAAAUGGCGUCAUCGAGGAGAAAGAUCACACUAACGAAAACACCACUGCAAAGAAAAGGAAAUCACACAAAUCAAAACACGGUUCCCAUAAGAAAGCCAAGGAUGUAGCUUACAAUAAAGUUGAAUCUAUACCAUUGUAAGCAUAGGAUAGGUGUUUUCAUCCUCUCAGUAUACAUAUGUUUAUUGAUAGAUGGAAGAGCUGUUCUGGUUCUUUCCAAUUUUGGAAUCUCGAUGUCAUUUUAGGCCCAAAUUAUACUUUCAAUUGAAUAUAAGGUGAGCAGCUGUAAUUCUUUCAGUAUGUUAUUCUUUCAUGUGAUCCAGAAAUGUUUAUUGAGCCUUGGAAUGAAAGAAAAUUAGUGAUUAAGAGACUGCAGAGAAGUGCUGUGCUGUCAACGUUAUGUAUGAUAUGAGCAAAACCUUUGUAUUCCCCUCGAAGUUAGUAUUAUUUUCCCUGAUUCUAAA